CCGACGUCGACGACAGCCAUUCCAAAUACAGUAUCGCUCCCGUCUAAUACCACUCCAGCUUUCCAGCCUUCAAGGUUUAAGGCUUAAUGACGCUUCCGAUGACCAGCUUCACUAUCGCCACCCCCUACUCUCUUUCUUCAAGUUCCGGAUCUUGCUAGUGCGAUACGUUACUUCGAGACCUUCCUCUCCCAGUUCGCCAUUUCAUUACGGGUCUGGACGGACCGUGGGCUCUAGUGCUUUUCAGCACACACAUGAUCCAUGACGUCCAGGCAAAGAAGAGGACCACAGAUCGCUACUCUCCUCGUAAGCUCGUGCAGGCUGACGAGGCCACGAGAACGCCGUGGGGCCUGCCGUGAUUACGGGCGUCGUUUACCUGUUCCAGUCACUCAAGCUACUAAUCCCCGUCGCACAAUCCUUCUCAACUUGGCAAUUGCGACAAUUCCGCCUCUCACAAAUCUUACAUCUGCCCUCCACCAAACCAUGUUUCCGACCUCCAUUUUCGGAGGGCUUCCUAUAGGGUGGUACUUUGUGGGGAUACCGUGGAACGGAGGGUACAAUGACGCGAUGGCACAUCCAAGCCACGAACACUCUACGCACGUUCUCUCCGUCCAUCUUGCCACUUUGGCCCUGGUUCUUUGCCCAGGGGGUGAUAUGCUCACCUACGGGGAUUUGUGGCGCGAUGGGGUGUGUUGGACGCGUUGGGUGAAGUGACGAUUGGUCUGUCGCCUAGGGCUGACUGGUGACAUGAACAGGCGACGGUUUUGACAUUCUUGACAUAUGUUCAUGAAUCUGAUAAGGUAUCAUAUGACCUCUACUAUCUCUCGUUUUUUUGACUCGGUGCAUCUUGUUUUCACUGUUAGCGAUCUAUGUUUUAUCUCCUCGUUUUUUAGGUCUGUUUCCAUUUGCUUGGUCCACUCCCUUGAUCUAUGCCGCACCAUAUGACGCUUUCUAUGUCUCCCUUUGCCUGCUCCUAGAGCCUAUGGCUCGUCUUUUUGCUUUCCUCUAUGCCCGCACACUCUUCUUCCUCCCCUUGUCUUAUUCAUAACCUUGUAUUGGUCCGAACGAUAGUGAAGAAGGUCUAAUAGUAGCAGCUGUAGC